UUAAAUAUCGGUCAUCAGGCCGUCGGGCGAGGAAGUGGUGAGAGGAUGGAGGCUUCGCAGAGACAUCGCGCCCUGUACAAGGGGACGACCCCUCCGUGGAAGGAGACCUAUCGGAAGAGAUGCGUGGAGAGGCUGAAGAGUAACCGCUCCAGGCUGCUGGACAAGUUCCGCCAGGUCGGCAGUGCGGCUGUCGGAGGCUCCUUCCUGGUGCAGGAGGUGAUGGAGGAGGAGUGGAGGGCCAUGCACAGCGGCAGGCUUCCAUCGCUAUGGCAGAGGGCUUCCUUCUCACAGACUUUUGGCGUAUUACAGGACCCUGAAGAGCUGGUUAUUCUGGAAGAAAUCAAGCAAGAGCUUUUACUAGAAGAACAAGCGAUGGUUGAAGAAAUUGAAAGGAUUGUUCAGUUUGAAGCGGAGUGUCUGGAUUCCGUAGUUGGACUGAAUAACGGAAAUGAAGUGGUGUGCCCGGUCUGUAAUAGGAAUAAUCUAACGGUAACCAGCUGCUUUAUCGUGUGUCAAUGUGGAGUGUACAUCAAUUGUAAAUCUCAAGGCAUGAACACCGAGAAGCUACAAGCAUUGCUGGAAGCAAACUUAUCGGCGCACGCCAGCUACUGCAGUGAGCAACCGGUGUUUUCAGUCGGCUUGGGAGCAGAAGGGACGUCCAGUAUGUUCAUGAGUUGUUCUGUAAGUGACUUCCUGCUGGUCUUUAAGGUUUAGUACAAAUCCAAAAUGGUAGGUGGGUGUUGCACAGCAUUUUUAGAAAAAUGUCACUGAGCUUUUUGAUUCAAAGCCAGAAGUCAGUCCAGAGAGGGGUAACUUUAUAGUUUCCAUUUGUUGAAUCCACUUCUGUCUUUGGCUGAAACUGCAUGUGAAAGUGACUUUCCUGAAAAACACUGAAACUUUCCUCGGAGCAUUAGUUUCAGAAAAUACAUCUUCAGGGGAUGUUCACACAGUGGAUUUUUACAACUAAUUCUGCAUCGAAAACCACACUGUAUCCCCUCUGAGACAGUGUCCCAUGUGUUUUUUAUUUUUUUGGAUUGGAUGUGGACACAAUGUGCUAUCUGUAUUUCCAUUCCACAGCCCCACAAAAAAAUAGAACAUGUCCUUUUCAUGUUCCAGACAAGAAUAGACACUUCUAACAGACGUCUAUCAGGACGUACUGAUCCACGAAAUGAGGAACACACAUGGCUGGUAUCUGUUUUGCAGACCACAAACGGAUAUUGUUGUGUGCAGGAAGCCUAGAACAGACAGUUACACUUGAAGGGGAUUCUGUCAACAGCCUUUUAUUUUUUGUCAUCAAGAUCUCCACUUGCAAGCAUUCAUUUACAGGGUACAACCACACAGCGUGGCCAUGCUUGGAUGUAGCUGCGGAGUUCCACACAAGCCAUUAGAAUGGAAUUAUUUAUUCAGAGUUCACUGUUAAUGACUGUGUGGUCUUGCAGAUUACUGCAAUACCAUUAAGUGUUGGCCAGCUUCCUAUAUUGAUGACCUAUCCUCAGGAUAUCUCACCAAUAUCAGAUUGGUGGGGGUCUGACUCCCAUCCCCCCA